AUGAGUAGCAGUGAAGAUUACGACGAAGAGGCCAACUCCUCUCAGCAAGAAGAAGAUGAAGUCUAAUUAGAUAGUCAAGAUGAUGAAGAGCUUGAUGAGGACUUAGAUGAUGAAGGUUUAGAUGAUGAUGAAGAAGGCGAGGGUGAAGAUGAAGAUGAGGAAAUGGACGAUGAUGAAUCAGCUGAAGAGAGUGAAGAGAAGCCAAAAGCUAAGGCCUAAAAGAAACCAGCUCAAGUCUAGCAAAGCACAACCUAGGAUGAUUAUGACGAAGAUGAGUACAAUGAUGAUGUUGCUGAUGAAGAGGCAAUCACCAACAUUGAGGCAAAGAGAGACAAGAUGAUUAAAGAUCUUUUGAGCAAGGAGGACUUAGGUAUUAUACAGAUGAGACUCAAGGAGACUGUAAAAGUGCUUACUAACUUUAAAGACCUCAGAGACCCCAAUAAAACCAGAUAGGACUAUCUUGAGGAGUUGAGAAAUGAUAUCUGCGCAGCUUUCGACUAUAACCCAGAUCUAGUCGAGUUAUUGCUAGAUCUUUUCCCACCCAGUGAAUGUAUUGAGUUUAUUGAGGCAAAUGAGAAUCAAAGGCCAAUGACAAUCAGAACUAACACACUUAAAACUAAGCGUAAGGAUCUCGCAAAGACCCUUAUUCAACGUGGAGUUAAUCUUGAUCCAGUAGCUGAAUGGUCAAAAGUAGGUUUAAAGAUAUAUGACUCACAAGUCCCCAUUGGUGCUACCCCAGAGUAUUUAGCAGGUCAUUACAUCCUACAAUCAGCUUCUUCAUUCUUACCAGUUAUCGCUCUUGCUCCACAGCCAAAUGAAAAGAUUUUAGAUAUGGCAGCAGCUCCAGGAGGUAAAACAACCUAUAUUGCUCAACUCAUGAAGAACACUGGUAUCUUGAUGGCCAACGAUCUCAAGAAAGAAAGACUCAAGUCUUUGAAUGCCAACUUGCAUAGACUUGGAGUGUCAAACUGUGUUGUUAUGAACUAUGAUGGAAGAAAGAUUCCCUAGAUUUUCAACAAGUUCGAUAGAGUGCUACUUGAUGCACCUUGCUCAGGUUUAGGAGUUAUUGCUAGAGAUCCAUCUAUCAAAGUUCAGAAGACAAGAGAUGAUGUGAAGAAGUUGAGUCAUCUGUAAAAGGAACUAAUUAAAGCUGCUAUUGACAGUGUUGAUGCUCACUCCAAGACUGGAGGUUACAUUGUGUACUCAACAUGUUCAAUCUCAGUUGAAGAGAACGAAUGGGUAGUUGAUUACGCUCUCAAAACAAGAUACGUCAAGUUGGUUGAAUCAGGAGUCGAAGUAGGUGAGCCAGGCUUUACUAAGCACAAGGAAAAGAGAUUCCAUCCAUCCCUUAACCUAACAAGAAGAAUCUACCCUCACACCCACAACAUGGACGGUUUCUUCGUAGCUAAACUCAAGAAAUUCGCUAAUGGAGAGAAAAAUGCAGAGGAGAAUGUAGUCAACCCGGAGGAAUUGGAGAGAAAGAUAAAGCAAUAAGAAGAGUAGAAAAAGAAGAAGCUGAAUCAAAAGAAAAAGAAGCAGAGAAAGGAAAAGAAGAACAAGAACAAGCAGGGAGACGACAAAAAAGAGAAAAAAGAAGGAGAGGACAAUAAAUCUACUGAUAAAACAGAGAAAUCUGAGUCAAAUGGAGAAAAGAAAGAAAAGAAAAACAAGAAAGAUAAAAAAGAUAAGAAAGACAAGAAAAAGGACAAGAAGAGACCAGCUGAACAGACAACCGAAUCUCUCGAAAAGUCAGUCAAGUAAACUGACGCCAAGACUAAUGACAAGAAAUAGGGGGAUGAAAAGACCUAGAAAAAUAAAGAUCAAAAGUCUGAUAAAAAGGAAAGCCAGUCAUAGCCAAAUAAAUCAGCUGAUAAAAAGGAACAACAGAAGUAACCAGAAUAGAAACAAUAGGCAGCUGUUGUGAAACAAGACAAAAAUCAGAAGUAAUAAUAAUAAGCUCCCAAGCAAGAAUAAAAACAACAACAACCUUAGAAGCAGGAAUAAAAGCCAUAGAAGCAAUAAGAAUAGCCUAAAGCUAAAGUAGAAUAGUAGCCAGUUAAGAAAGCUGAAGUUAAGGCUUAGGAAAAGUAAUAAUAAAAAGACAAAAUGCACAAAAAGCAACACAAAUGA